AUGAAUCGUUGUUUUGCCCACCACUACUUAAAAGUUAAGUUGCCGCACCGAAAACACCAAAUAAGAAAGAAAAAAACCACAUAAAAGCCAGCUACACCAUUCUGUUCACAAUCCGACAGCUCCUCCACUCGCGGCCACCGCGCUGCAAGCUAAGUGCCGCGUUGUCCUACCGGACGGACAAGGGGAAUAUGGAAAGUAAGGGCGUCAUGUCAUCGGAGGCAACGGAAGGCGGGAUUCGCAAAAUGGAAAUGGACGAGUCGCCGGCAAAACGGGAGCAAAUGGAGAUUGUGGACAUUGCUGGUGAUUCCUCGGAGGACGAGGCGGACCGGAGUAAUAGCAGCAGUACCAGCUCACAGGAGAAAUCGUGGCGCGGUGUGCCCAUUGAGGCCAUUCACCGGGGCCGUCCGGUCUUUGAACUGGAGCACCUUAGCCCGGUGGCAGCAAGCAAUAUGCACCGAGUCUUGUAUAAAACUCCUAUAAAAGAGUCACCAGAGCAGCCACCACGGCCGCACAAGGCACCGGGCAAAUGGGACUCGGAGCAUGUGCGUUUGCCCUGUGCGCCCGAGAGUAAAUAUCCGCGAGAGAACGAGGAUGGUACGACGAGCAUCGACUCACGCUGGGAGAUGAUCGAACGGGCGCUGUUGCAACCGAUAGAAACUGCUGCAGAGCUGCAAACAGCCAUUCUGUCGUACAACACUACGUAUCGCGACCAAUGGAAUUUCAGGGCUCUGCAUCAGUUGCUGGACGAGGAGUUGGAUGAGAGCGAGUCGCGGGUCUUCUUCGAGGAUCUGCUGCCGCGGAUCAUUCGGAUGGCGCUGAGGCUACCGGAUCUAGUUCAGGCACCAGUGCCGCUGCUGAAGCAACACCACAAUUCUGCUCUGUCGUUGAGUCAACAGCAGAUUGCCUGCCUGCUGGCAAACGCUUUUCUCUGCACCUUUCCGAGACGGAAUACACUGAAACGGAAAUCCGAGUACAGCACUUUUCCAGACAUCAACUUUAACAGGUUAUAUCAAUCAUCGGGUCCGGCGGUUCUGGAGAAAUUGAAAUGCAUUAUGCACUAUUUCCGUCGCGUCUGUCCAACGGAACGUGAUGCAAGCAAUGUGCCCACCGGUGUCGUCACCUUCGUUCGACGCAGCGCCAAACCGGAGAAUCAAGUUCGAUGGAACGAGAGUGCGGCACCAUUGGGUGCAGUGCCCUUACAUUUGGAUGCAAUCGGGACGAUCGAGGAUGAAGGCGUCGGCCUGCUACAGGUUGAUUUUGCCAACAAGUAUUUAGGCGGCGGUGUACUCGGUCAUGGAUGCGUCCAGGAGGAGAUACGCUUUGUGAUCUGUCCGGAACUGUUGGUGGGCAAGCUAUUCACGGAAUGUCUGCGACCCUAUGAAGCUCUGGUCAUGUUGGGAGCGGAAAGAUAUAGCAACUAUACAGGAUAUGCUGGCAGCUUUGAAUGGUCGGGCAAUCAUGAGGAUCGCACGCCCAGAGACUCAUCGAGACGGCGUCAAACAGCAAUUGUAGCCAUCGAUGCUCUACAUUUUGCUCAGGCCACGCAUCAAUAUCGUGUCGAUCUGAUGGAGAGGGAAUUGAACAAGGCACACAUCGGAUUUGUCCAUUGGAUGGCCACGCCCCCACCCGGUGUGGCAACUGGCAAUUGGGGAUGCGGCGCCUUUGGUGGUGAUCCCUAUUUAAAAUCUCUGCUACAAUUAAUGGUUUGUGCCCAAUUGGGCAGACCCUUGGCCUAUUACACAUUUGGUAAUAUUAAAUUGCGUGAUGAUAUCUAUGAAAUGUGGACACUCUUCCAGACGGAGGGCACAACAGUGCAGCAGCUGUGGAGGAUACUCAAGAGCUACAGCGAGCGGAUGAAGGGAAAGAGCCAAAGCCAGGGCAAGAGUAAGUCAACGAAAAAGAAGUUAUAUCAAUAUAUAAGAGAGCAAUUGGGAACUGGCGAUGAUGGAACAGGAUCUCCAUCUGGAGAUUCCGAAGGAAAUGCGGAAGUAGUGCCCAAAUCAGGAGAAGCAGGAGCCCAGGAAGCACCAGAGGCAGGCGUUUCUUCGGGUAUAAAAAAGCCAUCUGAAGCAGAAGGAUUAAAAACACCACCUGAACCCAUUAAAAAGAAACUACAACAAAAUUCCCCUGAUCUAUUUGCCACGCAAUCUUCCCUAGACAAUUCCAACUCAUCACCAGAUCCAUCAGUUGCUCUCCUCCUUUCCGACGAUGAGGAGGCCAAUGCCAUGAUGAUGGCAGCCAGCUUAGAGGCGAAAACCGAAACCGGAGAUACCGCCAGCAACCAGAACAGCACAAGCAACAAUGCAACCAAGAGUAGCACCAGUAGCAGCUCCAAGCCCGGUGGAGGACGACAAAUGACAUUGCUGGAAAUGUUAGACACACAUUACGAACAGGGACAGGCCACCAAGAGGCCACGAUCGACGCCCUCCAGCUCGGCCAGCAAAAGUCGCAAGGAGAACGAUGAGAAUGUGUUGGAUGCAAGCGGCAAAUAAAAAAAAGGGUUUAUUUAAACCCUUAUAUAUCUAUUAACUAAGUGAUAUUAGUGUAAAGUAUUUGAUUUCCAAAGCUACUGUUGAGAGUGGACGAUAGCCUCUCUAUUGUUUUUAGAAAAAUAUAUGCAAGCAGGGUGCCACAGAAGCCACUUCGGAUAUGAAAGAGAAGAGUUCCGAACUUUUGUCAUACAAAAUUUUAACCUUUUCUGUAUAACUUGCUUUUGGUUUCUAUUGUAUUCUGUGGCACCUUCAAUGUAUACAUUUACAUAUAUAUAUAUAUAUAUCAAUAUUUUUUUUGUUAAUUAAGAAAUCUUACAUAGUAAGCAGAGAUGAAUCUGAUAUCUUAUAGUUAAAGAAGUCAAAGUACUUGCUUUGAAAAUAUUAAACUUUGUUAAGGGGUUGCAUUCAGUUAUACCAAAGACCAUAUAAGAAUUAUUGUAUGUGUGUACAUCUUAUAGAUUAUAUUGUCAUUGGUUAUUUAGCAUAUAUGAUUGUUUUGAAAAGUUGUCUAUAAAAGUUAGUAAAGUUAAAGUUUUAAUAAUUGGUUAUGUAAACCAAUUUCAACUAGAACUUAAAACAUUUUUAUUCUGAUUAUUUUAAAUAUUUUCAGGCUUCUAAAUCAAGAAAAUCUGCGGUAUGUAACCCCUGUAUAUAAUAUAAUACAAUUUAAUAAUUGUGUUCAAAAACAAAAA